AUGGAAGGAACUAAGGACAUCAUUGACGUGCUCUCGGAAAUAGGGAAACUCGAUGGAAGGGAAAUCACAGAGGAAAACAUUAAAGCCAUUGUUUUUGAUAUUUUCGUUGCUGGAGUUGAAACCACGUCUACUACGUUAGAAUGGGCAAUGAGUGCGAUUCUUCAAAACCCUGGUGUGGCCAAGAAAAUGCAAGAGGAAAUUGAUUCAGUGGACUACAAUUUUGAUAUGGUGCCUUUUGGAGCAGGAAGGAGAGGAUGUCCAGGGGAAGCCAUGGCCGUUGUGAGCAUGAACCUUCUUUUAGCUCAGCUAAUUCACUGUUUUGAUUGGAGCGUGGAAGGGGAUUUGGAUUUGACAGAAGUCUUUGGAUCCACCACGCCCAGGAGUGUGGAACUUCUCGCUCGUCCUGCCUUGAGGCUGUCAACCUGCCCUUAA